AUGGUGGCAGGUCAAGAGAUCAAGUUCAGAGCCUUGACAAUCAUUGACCUAGUGACCAACUUGUUCGAAAUUGUGCGCAUUAAGGACAAAACGUGUGCGAACGUAACGCUUCAGUUUGAAAACGCUUGGCUCGCCCGUUACCCGCGCCCUGCAACCGUCAUCCAUGACCAAGGAACCGAAUUCGACUUUCAAAAUCAUUUGAAUCUACACCGAAUUGAACCUCGUUCUAUCUCUGCCAAGAAUCCUCAAGCAAAUGCAUUUUGCAAACGGAUGCAUCAAACUAUUGGCAACUCUCUUAGAGUAUUGGUUACACUGAACCACCCUUUCAACAUCAAUGAUGCCGAACAAUUAGUUGACACUGCCAUUGCAAAUGCAGUGUAUGCACACCGCUGCUCUUAUCACGGAACUAUAACCGCUACGCCCAGAUCACUUCCCUUCCACCGUGACAUGAUCCUAGAUCUUCCAAUGGAAGCUGACCUUCAGCUCAUUCAACAACAUCGACAACAGCUCAUUGACAAAGAAUUGAUACAAGCCAAUCGUCGCCGAUUUGCUUAUGAUUAUCAGCCCGGCCAGGAAGUUCUAAAGUUUUGCUAUAAGCCAAACAAGCUCGACCCUCGAGCCGAUGGACCAUAUUGUAUUGAACGAGUCCACUCUAAUGGUACCCUUACCAUUUGA